GACGCUCGCAAGCCGCGGACGCAACGCCGCAGCAACACACACACAACAUUUUUUUUUUUUUUUUUAACAAAAAAAUAAAUAAAUAAACAAAUAAAGCGCUCACCUUGCUACCUGAUAUUUCGCCGCGUCUCGACGAGCUGUUAUGACUUGCUCCACCGGGAAAGUGUCAGCCCUGCUACUCGGUGGAGGUACGUUUCCCCCCGCGGACCGGAGAAGGUGGCGUUUGUGCGUGCGCGCUGUGCCUCGAGCCCAGCGGGGACCUGUUGAUCGUCCACCGGCGCCGCAAUGGAGGUGAAAAGCGGAGAAGAACAGUGACAUUUAACUGGGACUGGGAAGGAAACAUUUUCGCUCAGGCGUCCUCUCAGGCUCCAAUGGAAAUCAUGGAUACCCAGUGUGCCUUGGAGGCUGUGGAGAGACUGCAAGCCAAAUUGAAGGAGAGAGGCGAGGCCCCCACUCAGGAGAAGCUGUCCCUGUUAAAGACUGUCCUGCAGAGCCCCCUCUUCCUCCAUAUUCUCAGCUUACAGCAAGCUCAGCGGAAGCCCCCGGCGAAGGUCAAGGGCAUCACCAAGUCCGUGUCCAUGAACUGUGGCCCGUGCCCGGGAAUGCCAGUGGGGCUGAAGUCACUGAGCCACAGUGACUCAUACACGUGGGCCGUGGAGAACCGAAGGCCCAGCACUGCCAGAUCGUUCCACAAGGAUGGCAGCGUUUCAUCUUUGGGCUCGCAGGAGCUGUGCCUGUCAGACGUCUUCCCAGACAACUGCACUCAAACCGAAUCUCAGUACUGCACCCCCCCUCGAAUCUCCCGCACCAUGUCAAUGGGGAGAAACCUUUCCGCUAUCGCACACGAGAGGCGCCACGUGGAGAUGAUAGAGCUGACCAACGAUGGGAAGGGACUUGGCUUUGGCAUCAUAGGGGGACGGAGCACGGGAGUCAUGGUCAAGACCAUCCUCCCCGGAGGAGCAGCUGGUAGGGAUAAGCGUCUGCGCAGCGGAGACCAAAUCCUGCGCAUCGGAGACACCGAUUUAGCCGGAAUGAACAGCGAGCAGGUGGCGCAGGUGCUGCGAAACGCUGGUAACAGAGUGAAACUGCUCAUCGCUAGGGACGUCCCCAAGGAGAACCACGUCUCGUCCCCGGCCCUCAGCCAGGACAGCUUGGAUGGCGCGCUCAGCGACUUGAACGAUGACUGCGAGUUCAGCGUGCAGUUCACUAAAAACAGCCGGGGCCUGGGAUUCACCAUCUCCAGCUACAUAGGCGAUCUCAACUCAGUCUACAGCGCCGGCGUGAUCGUGAAGAGCAUAGUGAAAGGCAGCACCGUCGAUCAAGAUGGACGCAUCCGCAUCGGAGACAUCAUCCUGUCUGUGGAUGGGGUGAGCCUGCAGGGCUGCAGCGAGCAGCGCGCCAUGGAGGUGCUGAGGAGGACGGGCCCCUUCGUCAGGCUGAAGCUGCUGAGGAAAGCCGUCCGCCUGAGCCACAUCCUGCCCCCGGUUCCUCCCCUGCAGCCGCUCCGGCACUCCCACAGCUUCCACGAGGGCAACCCGUACCGAGUGGGCCUCAACAAGAUUCAAGAGACAGGAAUCUCGUCUCUGCGCGAAAUCUCCCGGCGAGCGGCGUGCGCCAACCGCCGACCCCGCCACGACUCCAGGAACGGUGUUAAACUCACUGAGGCCGAGGAGGAAAACCUGAGGAGGAGGUGGCAGCAUGCGGUCGGGUCCCGAUAUGAAGUCAUUGUGUGUCAGCUGGAGCGUUUCAGCGAGACCAGCGGCCUGGGCAUCAGCCUGGAGGCCAGGGCCGGACAUCACUACCUGUGUUCCAUCUUACCGGAGGGGCCCGUGGGCCAAAGCGGCAAGAUCUUCACCGGGGACCAGAUACUGGAGGUGAACGGGAUCCCUCUCGUUGGAGAGACACACAAGGAGGUGGUCAAUAUUUUGAAGGAGCUGCCGGUGCGCGUGUACCUCGUGUGCUCCCGCAUCCUGCCGCCUUCGAUUCCAGAGAGUGACGAGGAAGACGGAGAGGACGUCUGCCUCACCCUGAAAGAGCUGCUCGCCGAGUUCAACGACAAGUUGGACCAGGGCUGUGUCAUUCCCUGUCCUACAGCCGAGGACAUCACCAAGCGUGGCGUGCCGCCCAUGUCACCUCCCCUGGCCAUGUGGGAGAGGGAGGCUCAGGUGGUCGAGCUGGAGAAAGGCGAGUCGGGACUGGGCUUCAGCAUCCUGGACUACCAGGAUCCUGAAGACGCCACUAAAACUGUUCUGGUCAUCCGGUCCCUGGUGUCUGGAGGGGUAGCAGAUCGAGAUGGUCGCCUGCUACCCGGCGACCGACUCAUGUUUGUUAAUGAAACAGACUUAGAAGGCUCCAGCCUGGAUUAUGCCGUGCACGUCCUGAAGUCCACCGGCUACGGCCCUGUCCGCAUUGGUGUUGCCAAACCCCUGCCGCUGGAGCUGUGUGGCGGCCUGACGCCCAUCUCAGAGAGGAGCACCCGGGCCUCCUACGAUGACACAGAGAGCCACACUCAGGUCAGCCUGCUAGCUGAGGCGGCCGAGGCUAACGUCAACACCGCGACUUGCUUCUCUGAGGACGGCGCCGUCAACGAGCUGUGUUACACGUCAAAUCAGCUGCGUCAUCGCUUCGGUGUCAUGGAGGAUGACGACAGGCAGCAAGCCCCACCUCUGCCCCCCCGCACCAGCUUUGAGAGGACAAUCACAGUUGUCCGGGGCAACCGUAGCCUUGGGAUGACGGUGAGCGCUAUCAAGGACGGCUCAGGCAUGCUGGUGCGGAGCGUGGUCCAGGGGGGCUCCGUUAGCCAGGACGGCAGGCUGGGGGUGGGGGACGCCAUCUUGGCCAUCAACGGAGAGUCUACCUCCAGUCUGAGCAACGCCAGGGCCAGGUCCAUGCUCCGCAGGCACUCCGUCAUGGGGCCAGAGCUGAGAAUAACCUAUGUCCCAGCCCGUCAGGUGGACGAACACCGCGCUCGUCUGUGUUUGCCCCCUCUGGCGUCGAUCGAAACGGGCAGUGCCUCGCCCCCGCCUCCGGAGCCUGCGUCCCACCCGGCCAGGUCCUCCAGUCCCCCGGUCGGGUUCCCCCUUAGACCGUCUGCCUCUCUCAAACAUAAGGCUGCAACCCCAGAUCCUGAACCGUCCACUGUCAGAGCUUCUGCCUCGUUCAAGGCGCCGACCAGAGGACCGGGCGUAGUCCCUACAAUCACCCCAGCCUCGGACUCAAGCUGGCAGAUUCCAAAAUCUCUGCCACACAAGAGUAAGGAAGAAGGGAAAGAUGGAUGCCGUGCGGAGGCGAAAAGCAAAACAACGAAUGCCGAAGUGAAAGAACUAAAGCCAGAAGUGAAGAUAAAGGUGGACGGUAAAGACGAGGGAGAAGAAGAGCUUCGUUCUCACGCCACCAUGUCUUGGGAUCAGCCUAAAAGUGUGCGGCUGACUCGAGCACCGGGCCAGUCCUUGGGCAUCAGUAUAAUGGGAGGCAGAGGCAUGGGUCGAAGAAUGAGCAGUGGAGAGAUGAUGAGGGGAGUCUUCAUCAAGCACAUCAGCCCUGACAGCCCAGCAGCACAUAAUGGCACCCUCCGGACUGGAGAUAGGAUACUAGAGGUGUGCGGCGUGGACCUGAGAGACGCCAGCCAUGAAAAGGCGGUGGAGGCCAUCCGCAGGGCUGGAGACUCCGUGACCUUCCUGGUCCAGUCUGGACAGUAUAGAUCUCAGUCUCCUGGUCUCAACCAUGAAACGCUGACUCUGACGCCGCUGUCCAACUCACACAGCAGCAAGGAAGCAGAGACUCUCAGUGGUCUGUUCCUUAGUCUCUCCCCUGCAAACCCUUUCACUCCCACCCCCUUCAAGGUAACUUCGCCAAGCCCCGACAGAAUGGAUCGGCGAAGCCCCGUAAAUGUCACAACACCAAUCACAGCGGUAGACGAAGACGGAGGCGACACUGGCAGGAAAAAGAUGCUUCAGCGCUAUGGCAGUCUGUCUGGAAAGCUGCACAUGAUUGAGCUGGAGAAGGACCCCGCGGCUCAUGGCCUAGGAAUCAGCCUCACAGGCAACAAGGAUGGCUCCAGGGCCCGCAUGAGUGUCUACGUGGCAGAUAUAGACCCUCAAGGGCCUGCCGGCUUAGAUGGGAGGAUAAAGGUUGGGGACGAGCUACUCGAGAUUAAUGGUCAGAUCUUGUAUGGCCGGAGUCACCAAAACGCCUCCACUAUCAUCAACAACGCUCCGUCUAAAGUCAAGAUCAUUCUGAUCAGAAAUAAAGCAGCUCAGAGUCAAAAGGUCCGGGGAUGCAGGACAGAGUGUGAGGACACUGUGGACUCCAAGGAAACCGGUCGGGAGUGUGGAGGAUCGUCCAGGGACCUGGAGCACAUUAUCCUACCUCAGGAUCAUGCUGGACUUGGCCUUUGCCUGGCAGAGGACGAGUCUAAGAGAGGACUGCUGGUUAGGUCCCUGAACCAGAAUGGCACUGCCAGUAAGGAUGGCAGGAUAAGGGCUGGAGACAGAAUCGUAGCAGUGGGAGAUGAACCUGUGGCUGGACUGUCAGUGGACAAGGUGUCCAAUUUGAUUCUCAAACACCGGGUCACUGUCAAGCUCUCCGUCAGCCGUUCCAAGAGUGUCACCUCUUCUUCUUCUCUACCUCUCCCUGCGCCACUCUCCGGUUCCGGGUCCGGUUCCAGCGCUCUCUCUCCCACAGCCUCGCUCAGCCUCCCCGCCGCCUCGCCUUCGUCUGUUAGUACGGCGCGAGCGUCCCCGACGGAGCGCCCCGAUUGGCUGGGGUCUGCCCCCACAACCUCUGACCCCUCGAGCUGCCCUGUUGCGGCCGGAAGGGAAACUACUAUAGAGAUUUGUAAAGGAAAUGUCGGCCUGGGCCUCAGCAUCGUGGGAGGAUGCGACACUCUAUUGGGGGCAGUAAUUAUCCACGAAGUGAAUGAUGGAGGAGCGGCGCAGAGAGAUGGAAGACUGCAGGCUGGAGACCAGAUAUUAGAGGUAAAUGGCAUAGACCUGCGGCAGGCCACCCACGACGAGGCCAUCGCUGUGCUGCGGCUCACCACCCAGCGCGUUCGGCUGUGCGUCUUCAGGCACCAGGAGGCCUACAGGGAGGAGGACCUGUGGGACGUCUUCAGCCUGGAGCUCAGGCCUCGCCCCACGGAGGGGCUUGGGUUCGCCACAGUGGGGAAGAGUAAUGACACGGGCAUCUUUGUGUCAGAUAUCAUCAGAGGAGGUGUAGCAGAUUCGGAUGGCAGGUUGUUGCUAGGUGACCAGAUCCUGUCAAUCAACGGGGAGGACGUCCGCGCCGCCUCACAGCAGCACGCGCAGAAACUUCUGCAGAGCUGCAGCGGAGGAGUUCACCUGGAGGUGGCUCGGUUUAAAGCUGGGCUGCAGUACUCGCGGCACAGCCAGGAGUAUUUUAAGUUGUGUUUUAUCCAGAGCGAAGACUCUGACUGUUCCACCUUGACACACUCAAGUGGAUGUGAUGCUUCCUCCGGCCACCAGAGGGAGACAGAUACCAAAACAGGAAGCCACAACUAUGACAUCAGAAAAGUAAUUAUACACAAGGGUCCAUCUGACUCCCUGGGCAUCAGUGUAGCUGGAGGAGUGGGCAGUCCCCAUGGCAACGUACCUCUUUUUAUUGCUACCAUGGAUACCAAUGGACUGGCUGCCAAAACACAGAAAUUACAGACGGGAGACAGGAUCCUCAGUAUCAAUGACGUGUCCACUGAGGGAAUGACUCAUGUCCAUGCUGGAGUCCUGCUGAAAAACGCCGCCAGAACCAUCAGUCUGCAGGUGGCACAAAGUUCUGGUGAACAAAGCUCACAGGAUCGCGGCGACGCUCGUGCAAGGUCUCCAGCUAGCCGCCUGCAGACCCGCUCUCACAACAACCUCUGUGCUCGCAUGUAUAAAACCAUCACUCUGGACAGAGGCUCCUCAGGCCUCGGCUUCAGCAUUGUUGGAGGGUUUGGCAGCCCUCACGGAGACCUGCCCAUCUACAUCAAAACCGUCUUCAACAAGGGGGCAGCCAUAGAGGACGGCCGGCUGAAACGCGGAGAUCAGAUCAUCGCUGUGAACGGACACUGCCUUGAGGGCGUGACGCACGCCGAAGCAGUGGACAUCCUGAAAAAGACCAAAGGAACCGUAGUCCUCACCGUACUCUCCUGAGACGCCGACCCGCCGCGUCCCAUUUUAAUGAUAUUUUUAAUCAACCAAAGCGGUGUAGCUGCUUGUUGUUGAACUGCUUCACAAGGGAACCCAGGAGGCGAACGCAGAUAGAAUCGUGUAGUUUUGUUAAAAAUGAGAAGAGUAGAUAAUGUCAGUCUAAAUGUAUCUACUUUACAUUUGGGGAAGCUACCUCUAAUUGCAAACACAGCUUGGGUGUUUUUGGUUUUUUUUGUUUGUUUUUUUACAUGCGCACAGUAUUUCCAGUAGUGAAGCUGUUAUUUGAACAAAUCUGUUAGAUGAUAAUUAUGACGCAAUUACAUGACAAAAGAUUAUAUUUAUAAAGAGGAGGCGAUCCAUACAUCCAUCCAUUCAUCCACUAGGUAUAACUAGGUUGGGUGAGAGGUAGGGUAUGGCCUGGACGGGUUGCCAGUUGGCUGCUGGCAGGAUAGUGGGAGGAAACAGGAGCACCAUGAAGGAGAACCAUGAAGCAAGCAAACCGAACCAGAAAAGCCCCGACCAUCCACCAAGUUGGAAACCAAGGACUAUCUUAUGUCUGCGCUAACAGCAGGGGAGAUACAGAGUAACAAAAUCCCAAAAGCUGCUAUAUCCGACCAUAUAGCAUUUUGUCUAACUGAUAUGUUGUGGUCCUGUUCAAAUUAUUUUAUAAUAUACACAAUCCGGCAUAACAUUAUGACCACUGACAGGAGAAGUAAACAACAUUGACCAUCUUGUGACAAUUCAGUGUUCUACUGGGAAGCUUUUGGACCUGGUAUUC